GUAUCAACGUAACCUACGGUUACCAGUCGGUGAUACUAUUCAGCGAAAUCAGUUUCGAGAAUCGAUUCGUUUUGUCUUUUUGGGAUUAAAGUUCGUAUAUCGAUUGAACCCGAAGCAUGAAAAUCAUCGUUGCUGUUGCUUGCGUGUUGGCGACCGCGACGGUUGUACGCGGUAUAGACCAAGAUAUCAUACCAAAGUACAUGGAGUAUUUGAUGCCGGACGUGAAACCCUGCGCCGACGAAUUACAUAUUACAGAAGAGCAAGCUACGAAUGUACAGUCGCCCCACGGUGAGGCCGACCUAAAAGUAAUGGGUUGUUUGAAGGCGUGCGUGAUGAAACGAAUGAACGUUUUGACAGGCCUUGAUUUCCACGUUGAGCCAAUACUCAAGAUGAUAGAAACGGUACACGCUGGUAAUGACGCAGAGAUCGAUAUGGUCAAGAAUAUUGCGAAGGAAUGCGUCGGAACGUUGAGUGGCGAGACCGACGAAUGCAACAUUGGCAACAAAUACACCGACUGUUAUAUAGAGAAGAUUUUCAGUUAACGCGAUAGUCUAGCAAAAACGUUGCUCGCCGAAUAUUGUAAACAAAUUGUAACCAUCAGAAAUAACCACGUUUACAAGGUUCAAUAAAACGAUUUAAGAGAACAACUCGUUCGUCCUUAUCGCCUUUCCCUUAGCUAGUUACAUAUGUUUACCUUUACCUAUUAUUCGUUUAGCUUUAUUUACGCGACACGCUAUCAGAGGUAGCCUGAAACUAGCGAUCCUUGCAACACGUUUGCGGAACCCUGUGCCCUGUGUCCUGUGUCUUGUAGCCUGUAGUCCAAAUGAAACAUGCAAGGGACGAGCACUACUCGUCGAGCAGCAGGGAUCGCGUUAGCGUAAGCGACUCACGUUCUAAGGCGGUAUAAUGUACCCCAUAAUGGUCCAAGUUGCCUCGCAUACACCACGGAAUAAAGUUACCGCCGAUCUUACGCGCCGAAUAGACACGUAAGAAAAGGGAGAGACAUUUUUGCAAAUGGUAGGCUUUGCGAGCGCUUAAAAACGCCAGCUACGUUUUCGACAAACUCGCGGAAUAUUAAUUCUAAAGGGAUCUAAAAGAAGUAUCCGAUUGGAAAAUAAUUGAUGUUUUUGCUCUUAAAUUUCCAUGAUUGUUUGGCACACAAUUCGCGUUAGCGUAACGGAAACCUUACCGUAUCUCUUUCUUGGUACUUAUGCCUAACUAUGUACAAGUAACGCGUCGAAUCGAUCGAAUAACAGGAAUUAAUUGAUUUACGGAAUCGAACCACGACACUAUUCUAGCAAUUAUUUUUCUCUACGUUUAUCGUGCAUGUUAUUGACGUUACGCGAACGUAAGUUGCUUAUAAUCUUGGAUCUUUAACCUCUACUUGUGCUUCGAUAUAAAUGUAGCAUGCUGUGCGUUCGACGUUAGUCGUAGAAAUCAAACCACCGGAGUUGAAAUCGAGCGUGACAAUUUUCUAGGUUUGGUGAUAGAUCUGUGAAAUUCCUAACCAUGAAAUUAUUGAUAUUCGUUGCGGUUUUCGUACCCGCUUUCCUAGCCAUUCAGGCAACAAAUGAAAUGGGGAAUCUGAUCAACAAUUUUGCCACAAUGUUUGAGAUAAAGACGGAAGAUGUCGAGACCUGUAUCCGUAAAAUGUCAGCAACAAUCGGAGAUUUUCAGCUAUUAGGAACCGUGUUAGUAGAACCCGACAUAUCAGAGGUGGAAGAAGGUAACAAAUUAUACGAAGCGCCGGAUCGAAGAAGUGCGAGAAGAGCCCUCUGCGUUAUAACGUGUUGCGCGCAAAAACAAGGCAGCAUGAUAGGUUCGCAAAUACAAGUGCCAGUCGUACAGAACAUGAUUAAGAAAUUGACGAUACCAAGAGAAGAAAAGUUGUUCUUCUCCGUAGCCGUGGCCGAAUGCAACGAAAAAGUAAAAGAUAUCACCGACGAGUGCGACGUUACUUACAGGUUCAUCCGUUGUGUAGCUUUGAAAGUUAGAUACUUUGGGAUAUGACGCGGGUGAAUAAGCCAAAACACCGUGGUAACGAUAACAAUAUUUAUUAGCAUUGGAUGGUGCUACUCGGAAUAUGUGCGUGGCGACUGUUCGGUGUACCUUCUGGUUCACAUCUAGCCCAAGCGUUUCGUUAUUCAAAAGUGACAACCGUCACUUUCAUUAUAUUUCUCUCUGACCGAUCCGAGGUUCUAGCGAUCCUCACUUUUGUUGCCAGAUCUCGAGUUCGCUCGAUGUAUACGAUGUACGUUGUACAUUUUUACAUUUACCUUUGUUACAUGAUAAAUACAUAGCUCUACUUUUACAAAGAUACUUUUCCUAUCGAUCAAAUAAAUUGUUAGUUUCGUCUUAUA